CCACCGAAUCUGGAUGCAUCCCCGUCCAGGUGCGUCGUUCGGUCGGCCAGAUUCAUCCGAUCGGCCGUCUGGGCUAUAUAUUACAGCGACAGCUCCCCCGCCAGCCUCGACACCGUGACUGACUCGGCCGUACGGUAUCGAUUCCCGCCGGAAAAGGAAUCAGCGGCGAGCGCCAUCGACGGAAGCAAAUCAUUAGGUAUCUAGCUAGCUCCUUUAAGAGAGAGAAAAAAAAGAGUUAUAGCUACUUCUAGGCGGAGGUCGACAUGGUUCAGGCCGGAUUGGCUCAGCCGGCGCCGAGCACGGGGGCGCCGGCGAUGGCGGCAGCGGCAGCGGCGGUGCACGUCGCGCUCAAGAUCCCCUCCGGCGGCGGGCCGUAUGCACGGGCCAAGCACUACCAGCUAGUGGAGAAGGACCUGGACGCGUCGAUCGCGUGGUUCUGGAAGGCGAUCGAGACGGGGGACAAGGUGGACAGCGCGCUCAAGGACAUGGCGGUGGUGAUGAAGCAGCGCGGCUACCUGGACGACGCCGUGGACGCCAUCCGGUCGCUGCGCCACCUCUGCCCGGGGAAGCAGUCGCAGGAGUCCCUGGACAACAUCCUGCUCGACCUCUACAAGGCCAGCGGGCGCACCAAGGAGGAGAUCGAGCUGCUCAAGCACAAGCUCCGCCGGAUCUACCACGGCCAGGCAUUCCCCGCCGGCAAGGCCACCAAGCGCGCCCGCUCCCACGGCCGCAAGAUCCACGUCUCCGUCCAGCAGGAGACGUCCCGGGUGCUGGGCAACCUCGCCUGGGCCUACAUGCAGCAGCGCAACUUCAUGGCGGCCGAGGCCGUGUACCGCAAGGCGCAGAUGGUGGAGCCCGACGCCAACAAGGCCUGCAACCUCGCGCUGUGCCUCAUGGAGCAGGGCCGGCUGGGGGACGCCGAGGGGGUGCUCGCCGACGUGGUCGCCGGCGCGUUCCGCGACGGGAGGGAGAGGGAGCACGGCGGCGGGAAGGUCGUCAGGAAGGCGGAGGAGCUGCUGGAGCGGAUCAGGGCGGAGACAGGCGGCGGCGGCGAGAAGGAGGCCGGGGAGGAGGACGGCGCCGAGGCCGACGAGAUGGCGGAGCUUCUGGACAUGGUGGCCAGGCAGUGGGCCGCGCCGUACCGGAAGAGCCACCGGAGGCUGCCCGUGUUCGAGGAGAUCACACCCUUCGGCAGGGAGCAGAUGGCUUGCUAGCUAGAAGCUCAUGAGAACUCAAUAGAAGCUGUGAGUGUGCAGUAGCUUGAUCAGAAUAGUGUGAAGCUCGUGAGAACUCAAUAGAAGUUGUGUGUGUGUGUGUGCAGUACUGCAGUAGCUUGAUCAGAAUAGUGUGAAGCGUACGUGUUAAUCAAUGUGACAUACAGUAUGUUCUAUGUUGGUGCUCAUGUAUGUAGAUGUGUUGCAUGUGCAGUGUACAAGUUCUUU